CAUGAUGAUAUCUCCACCAUCUGUUUUCUAUUUGAUGCUGUUGUUCUUUGGGGAAAUGACUCCGAAGAGUCAUCAACUCUCGUCUGUUCGUCAAGACAGAGUUUUUAUAUCCACUAAUGUCGGGGAGAGUGUAACUUUGCAGUGUUUCUAUGAAGGUGAAGUGGUAGCAAGGUUUUACUGGUAUAAGCAAACACUGGGAGAGAAGCCAAGACUCAUUUCUAGCUUCUAUUCGUAUGAUAAAAAUGGCACUUUCUAUGAUGAAUGUGAGAACAAUCCACGCUUCACACUGUCUACUGAAAAAGCUCAAAACCAUUUGAUGAUAAAAAAUCUUCAAGUUUCGGACUCAGCUACCUAUUUCUGCGCGAGUAGCUUUUCGGUAAGUUUUGAAUUUGCAGAAGGAAUCACUGUAAAUGUUAAAGGUUCGGGUUUGAACAGCCGGCCUUUAAUUCAGCAGUCUGCAUCUAAGACCAUCCAACCAGGAGGCUCUGUGACUCUGAACUGUACAGUACACACUGGGACCUGUGAUGAAGAACACAGUGUUUACUGGUUCAAAGACUCUGAAGAGUCUCAUUCAGGACUCAUUUACAGCCAUGGAGGCAGGAAUGAUGAGUGUGAGAGGAAACCAAAGACACACACAAAAACCUGUGUGUACAGCCUGCCAAUGAAGAACCUGGAUGUUUCUCAUGCUGGGAUCUACUACUGUGCUGUUGCCUCGUGUGGAUACAUGCUUUUUGGAAACGGGACCGAGCUGGAUUUUGGGUCUCAGGAGACUUUUCUUCUCUCUGUGUAUUUCUUAAUUGCUGCCUUGGCAUUCACCACAAUCCUGAUCUUUAUACUGGCUUUCUUAAUUUAUGGUAUAAGCAGACAGCAGUGUACAGGGUCUAAUGCAAGAUUUUCAGCUUCCUCUAUAACAAACACAGAGAAUUGUGAACCUGAAGAAACCCUUCAUUAUGCUGCUUUGAGGGUAAAAAAGACCAGCAGAUCUACAAGAAAAAGAGAGAAUCCAGAGGAUAAAUGUCUGUAUUCUAGUAUCAAAUAAUAAAACUUUACAUGUUUACUUCUGUGUAAUAGGGCUUAAGCGUAGCAGUGUCAUGUGUAAUUUUGUCUCAAAUAUGACUCGUUUAAAAGUACAUUGGUUGCUGUAUUUCUCUUCUUUUUCUCAUUUAUUGCUAAUAUAAAUUACAACUGAAAAGUUGAUUAUAACAUCGCAUAUUUGCUGAAUGUCCGAACAUUAAAUGCUUGUUUUCUUUUUUUAUUCACAGAGUCUAUAUUUCCUAAUUGGCUGAUAAAUUAUUGACAUACUAAAACGGUAUUAUUUUAAUAUGAAAUUUGUUAUGUCAAUGCAGUAUUUGCUACAUACAUAAAUAUAUGUAACAAAUACUCUUGGGCAAGAUACUAAUGCCAAAUUGCUCCCCAAUGCAUUCACUGAAGUAUGAAUGUGUGUGA